AUGAGGAAGGGCCGCUCCCGGGGGGACAAAGCGGCGGCGCCACCGCCGCGGAGGGAGCCUGGGCGGGCGGUGGCCGCCAGCGCGGCGGAGCGGAGAGCCACCCUUCUGGGGGGCGGCGGCAGGAAGGAGCCGGAGGACGCCAGGGCCGCAGGGGCGCCUUGCCGGGAGGCGCUGGAGAGGGAGAUGAUAACAGAGCCCACUCCCUUACGUUGCAGGAAGCUCAGCAAUCCUGACAUCUUUUCAUCUGCUGGGAAAACCAAGCUCCAUCGUCAGCUAAGUCAAGAUGACUGCAAGCUACGAAGAGGUAGUUUGGCAAGUUCUUUGUCAGGAAAACAGCUACUCCCCUUAUCAAAUAGUGUCCACAGUGGAGUGGGACAGACGAUAUGGCAGCCACCUGGAGAUACCUCAAACCUGGUCCGCAUGAGAAAUCAGUCUCUAGGACAAUCUGCUCCUUCACUUACUGCUGGUUUGAAGGAGCUCAGUCUCCCCAGAAGAGGAAGCUUAAUCUCCUCUCCUUUGUACUCCCACUGCCGAGGAAGUGAUGUUCAUCAGCACAUGUUCUCUCCUACAUCUGCUCCAGGUCUGCAGCACCUUAAAUUUCCAUUUAGUGCUGACUGUGCACUUGUUACUUCUCCUCUAAUAUUUUACCUGAACACACAACCCCAGAGCAAUCCGUCUAGUCCAUGCUACAGCCAUCCUUUUCAGUGGAGCUGUCGGACAAGCAACAGAAAGAGUUUGAUCGUAACAUCCAGCACAUCUCCAACUCUCCCACGACCACAUUCCCCUCUUCAUGGCCAUGCAGGUAGCAGCCCUUUGGACAGUCCCAGGAACUUCUCUCCAAGUGCACCUGCUCAUUUUUCCUUUGUUCCUGCCCGAAGCCACGGACACAGAGCAGACAGAACGGAUGGACGCCGCUGGUCCUUGGCCUCCCUUCCUUCAUCUGGAUAUGGAACAAACACUCCCAGUUCAACAGUUUCAUCAUCAUGCUCAUCUCAGGAGAAGCUGCACCAGCUGCCCUUUCAGCCCACGGCAGAUGAACUUCAUUUCCUGACAAAGCAUUUCAGUACUGAGAGCAUCACUGAUGAGGAAGGGCGCCAUUCUCCAGCCUUGAGGCCUCGAUCUCGCAGUCUCAGUACAGGCUGCAUGGUAAUUGCAUAUGGAUCUACUAAGUGUAGUUACACAGUAAUCUACAGGAGCAGCCCGGGUCGCUCCCCAGUUUCCUUUGACAGUGAAAUAAUAAUGAUGAAUCAUGUAUACAAAGAAAGGUUUCCAAAGGCCACAGCGCAGAUGGAAGAACGGCUGGCUGAGUUUAUUGCCUCUAAUGCUCCAGAAAACGUGCUGCAAUUAGCAGAUGGGGUCCUAAGUUUCAUUCAUCAUCAAGUUAUUGAACUGGCCAGAGAUUGCCUAGAUAAAUCACGUGAAGGUCUUAUUACUUCUCGGUACUUUUAUGAGCUGCAGGAAAACUUGGAGAAACUUCUCCAGGAUGCCCACGAGCGAUCCGAGAGCUCCGAGGUUGCCUUCGUUACCCAGCUUGUGAAGAAGUUGAUGAUUAUCAUUGCACGACCAGCUCGGCUGCUUGAGUGCCUGGAGUUCGAUCCUGAAGAGUUCUACCAUUUGUUAGAAGCUGCAGAAGGCCAUGCCAAGGAAGGGCAAGGAAUUAAAUGUGACAUUCCUCGUUAUAUUAUCAGCCAGCUGGGACUCACCAGGGAUCCCCUGGAGGAAAUGGCCCAACUGAAUAGCUAUGACAGCCCAGACACUCCUGAGACAGAUGAUUCAGUCGAGAGCCGUGGGGCCUCUGUCCAGUCAAAGAAAACUCCAUCUGAAGAAGAGUUUGAAACUAUUAAACUGAUCAGUAAUGGUGCUUAUGGAGCGGUGUAUUUGGUGCGACACAAGACCACCCGUCAACGUUUUGCCAUGAAGAAGAUCAACAAACAGAACCUAAUUUUGAGAAACCAGAUCCAGCAGGCUUUUGUGGAGAGAGAUAUCUUGACAUUUGCUGAGAACCCCUUUGUGGUCAGCAUGUUCUGCUCCUUUGAGACCAAGCGCCACCUGUGCAUGGUUAUGGAGUAUGUGGAAGGGGGUGAUUGUGCUACACUUCUCAAGAACAUUGGUGCCCUACCUGUUGAUAUGGCAAGGAUGUAUUUUGCCGAGACUGUUCUGGCAUUGGAGUACCUACACAAUUAUGGGAUUGUUCACCGUGACCUAAAACCUGAUAAUCUCCUGAUAACUUCCAUGGGUCACAUUAAACUAACAGACUUUGGACUGUCUAAAAUUGGGUUAAUGAGUCUUACAACUAAUCUCUACGAGGGACACAUUGAGAAGGAUACCAGGGAAUUCCUGGACAAGCAGGUCUGCGGGACUCCAGAAUACAUUGCACCAGAAGUGAUCCUGCGCCAGGGCUAUGGGAAGCCCGUGGACUGGUGGGCCAUGGGAGUUAUCUUGUACGAGUUUCUAGUCGGCUGCGUUCCUUUCUUUGGGGACACACCUGAAGAGCUGUUUGGACAAGUGAUCAGUGAUGAAAUUGCCUGGCCAGAAGGUGAUGAUGCGCUGCCACCAGAUGCCCAGGACCUCAUUUCUAAGCUUCUCCGCCAAAAUCCUCUGGAAAGAAUGGGAACAGGUAGUGCCUUUGAAGUGAAACAGCAUCGGUUCUUUAAAGAUUUGGACUGGAACGGAUUACUUCGGCAGAAAGCUGAAUUCAUCCCACAGUUGGAAUCUGAGGAUGACACAAGCUAUUUUGACACCCGUUCAGAGCGGUACCAACACCUGGAUUCAGAAGAAGAGGAGGACACUAAUGAUGAUGAUCACGUGGAAAUUCGGCAGUUUUCCUCAUGCUCGCCGAGGUUUAGCAAGGUGUACAGCAGCAUGGAACGUCUUUCCAUCCAUGAAGAGAGGAAGACUCCGCCACCAACUAAACGGAGUCUGAGUGAAGAAAAAGAUGACCGGCUGGACAGCCUUGGCGGCUUGAAGAGUCGAGACCGCAGCUGGGUGAUUGGGUCUCCUGAAAUAUUGCGUAAGCGCUUGUCUAUGUCUGAAUCCUCACACACAGAGAGUGACUCCAGCCCACCCUUGACGGUCCGCCGACGCUGCUCAGGGCUUCUUGAUAUGCCCCGUUUUGCCAUCUCCGCUGAGGACGAGGGAACUGUUCUCAAAAGGCCGCAGUCCGAGGGGAUGCUCUUAUCCACUGUGCAGUCACGGGAGGGGCUGCCGGUGCCCAUUCCAGAACAGCCUGUGGAGCAAGAGCUGCAGCUGGAAGGUGAUGCUGGACCCACCGCCCCCUCCACGGCUGUCAGCAGUGCCUCAACGCUGACAGCUGGGAGCACUGCAGAUUUCUCUGAUCCACGCGCUCGCAGUAAUAGCAAUGAAGGCCCAGACUUUACCACUCCAAAAGCCAUCAGCGAUUUGGCAGUGCGGCGGGCACGACACAGGUUGCUCUCUGGGGAAUCAGGGGAGAAACGUACCUCAAGACCUGUCAAUAAAGUGAUUAAAUCAGCAUCUGCUACUGCCUUGUCUCUCCUGAUUCCCUCAGAUCACCACACGUGUUCUCCAUUGGCCAGUCCAAUGUCACCUCAUUCUCUAUCCUCCAACCCAUCUUCGAGGGACUCCUCACCCAGCCGCGACUUUUCUCCUGCUAUUGCAAACCUGAAACCACCAAUCAUCAUCCAUCGGGCUGGAAAGAAAUACGGUUUCACUCUCCGUGCCAUUCGCGUCUAUAUGGGUGACAGUGAUAUCUACACUGUGCAUCACAUGGUCUGGCACGUGGAAGAAGGCGGCCCAGCGAACGAAGCAGGUCUGCGUGAAGGGGAUCUGAUAACCCAUGUCAACGGGGAGCCGGUCCAUGGACUGGUGCACACAGAAGUGGUGGAGCUGAUUCUGAAGAGUGGAAAUAAAGUGUCCAUCUCCACCACGCCAUUUGAGAACACGUCCAUCAAAGUUGGUCCAGCUCGAAAGGCCAGCUACAAAUCCAAGAUGGCUCGUAGGAACAAGAAGAGCAAAACUAAGGAUGGUCAGGAAAGUAAGAAGAAGAGUUCUUUGUUGAGGAAGAUCACUAAACAAGCAUCACUACUUCACACCAGCCGGAGUUUAUCUUCGCUAAACCGCUCUCUGUCUUCUGGAGAAAGUGUGCCUGGUUCUCCAACUCACAACCUGUCUCCUCGGUCACCAACACAGAGUUACAGAUCCACUCCCGAGUCUGUACACUCAGUUGGUGGCAAUUCUUCCCAGAGCAGCUCUCCCAGUUCCAGUGUUCCCAAUUCUCCAGCCAGCUCUGGACACAUCCGACCCAGCUCUCUGCAUGGACUAGCUCCAAAGCUUCAAAGGCAGUACAGAUCUCCAAGGCGUAAAUCUGCGGGAAACAUCCCUCUGUCACCACUAGCUCACACUCCGUCACCAACCCCACAGUCCACAUCACCGCAGCGCUCCCCAUCUCCUUUACCAGGACACUCAGUUGGCAGCUCCAGUAUUAUUCAGUCUUUUCCAGUAAAACUACACUCCUCUCCACCACUGGUGAGACAAAUUUCUCGCCCCAAAAGUGCUGAGCCCCCUAGGUCUCCUUUGCUAAAGAGAGUGCAGUCGGCCGAGAAACUGGCUGCCUCACUGUCCUCUUCUGAGAAGAAGCUGGCUUCCUCACGUAAGCAUAGCUUGGAUAUCUCUCACUCUGAAUUUAAGAAAGAGAUGCUACAGAGGGAUCCUAGUCUCCAGAGCUUGCAAGAAUCUGUGAACGAAACAACGGGUGGCAAACUUGGGCUAGCGGAAAAAGGGAUGUUGCAGAAGCCGGGUUCACGGAAGCUGGGUGCUAUUCGACAGGACAGGGUGGAGAGGAGGGAGUCUCUGCAAAAGCAAGAGGCCAUCAGAGAAGUAGAUUCUUCCGAAGAUGAAACAGAUGACGGUUCAGAAGAUAGUCAGGAUGGGAGAAGACUGGACAAGCCCCCUGACAGUGGAGACCAAGGCUCAGAUUCUUUUAAUGAGGAUAAUAAGUUUUCAUCUAAAUUGGAAAGCAAGGAUAGUAUUGAAGAUGAUGCCUUUCUACCUGAAGAUCCAAAAGGUACAGAAGAUUUGCAGAAGGGAAAUAAUCAACAAGCCAAACCUGUUUCAGAGCCACUGCAAAUCGGUGUGCACCCUUCCCCAUCAGAGGUCCUCCUAAGAACUUCUCUAGAAAAAUUAACUAAUUCAGAAAAGCCAUUCCUAAGAUCAGAAUCAACUGCAAAGGAACAUAAAUUGCCAGAAAACAAAACUUUUGAGUGCUUUGGUCCAAAAGACAAGUCUUCUGAAGCAAUCAAAGACAUAGGGAGAACUACAAAUACUCAAAAAACAAUAGAUCGCACAGAACAUAUAGAGUCCCCGUCUAUCAAACUCCUGGAACUUGAAGAAGGUGACUCUUCAGGGGCCUCAUGUGGUAAGCUUGACCUGAAAGACCCUCUGCUAACUGAAAGCAGUCAGAAAAAACAGGAUUCCAAACCUCUGCUGGCACUUUCUUCAUGGUGCACAGCAAGCGUGAGCACUCCUCUCUCGGUAAGCCCUGUGAAUCGCAGUGAGAAGGAUCACAAGGAGACGCUUCAGCCUGCAGAACAGCACAGCACCUCGUUUCUGUCUCCUGGAGGCGAGAGCGAAAUGUCCCAAAAAAGUCCUAGUACUGAAAAGCAACCCAGCUCAUCCCAGGCAGAGAAAGCUUCAACUGCCAGCAAAAUGAGCCCAGCAGGUCCUGUAUCCUCCACGCUCCUCGUCCCCAGUGCUAUCGAAAGAGCUCUCUCCGUGUCUCAGUUAGUGCCGCUAGCUCAGAGCGUGUUAGGCCCUUUGAAGCUCAGUAUGUCUGGUUCUGGAGAAGUGGAAAAGAGAAAGGAUUUCCCCCAUUUGGGUGCCUCCUGUAAAGAAGAGAAAGAUUUGAAACAAAAAAGGCAGGAAACUUCACAAGCAGGAGCGUAUCAAGAGAAAGCCAAACUAUCUAGCACAGACACUCUGACCACGAGGAGCAGAUCCUGCGCAGAGCCGUUAAACUCAGCAAAGCCCUGGGAGGCAUCGUGCCCUGUGGUGGCAAAAAAGGAGGCAACUUUUUGUAGUGCUAAAGCAUCUGAAGUGUUGGGAGGUAGCUGCAAAAUCACUCCAUCGAAAGAGCUGUCUCACUCUCUUGGACAAGCAGCUCCGAGAGCCUCUCCUCUGCCAGAUGGCAGCACGAGGCCCUGUAAAGAAGGGACUCUCGUGCAAGCAAAAAGCAAAGAAGUUGGAAAUCAGUUAAAAAUACAAGACUUUCCCCUGUCACAUGAUGGUGCUGUAAAGAAAACAUAGCAGCAUCCCUGGUACACGUGGACUGGAGCAUUCUACAUUCGAAAUAGAGACUGCAUGUUUGAAUUUUGUAAUAUACACUAAUAUAAAAUAGAACUUGUGUACAUCUAUUUUUGGGAGGGUUUUUUUCAUACUGUUUUUUGUGUUUUUUCAUCCUUGCUAUUCUAUUUUUCUACACAGUAAUGCUUGCCGUUUGAGGUCUCUUUAGAACAGGGUAUCUUUAAAGCAGGGCUUAAGAAACAGUUUGUUGAUUUUUUCCCUUCCAGACCUUUUAUUUUGCCUGCGUUUAGGGCCUCUUGUGCUCUUCCCUCUCAUCCUGCAUUUGUCUGAGAUCCCAAAAAUUCUAAGUACAAAAAAGGCAGCUUACUUUAAAAUCUCUGCUUUUCAACCUUCUCUUUGAAAUGCCGUUGAAAUUCACAAAUUUCAAGUUUUUUCUUUGAAUUUACAAUCUGAUGUCCUUUGACAAGAAGAAGAAACUAUUCUCUUGUCCGUAAGUUAUUCUGGAACGAGAAACCUUCUUCAGUGAAAGUAAGACCUCUUCACCGUGUGCAUUCACAGUCCUGCACACAUCCUUAGAGGAUACAGAGGCAACGGACUUGGCUGGAGGGGUCAGACAGAGAGACUUUUAAACCUUACUUCUCUUUAAAUCAAGUAAAAGUAUUUUUCAAUGGAAUUAUCAGAAAGAGAAAUCUCCAAUCUGUAAGCUGGGGUUUUUUUAAUUGUUUUUACUUAUCCUUUGUGGGACACAUGGCAACUUUUCCCUCUUUUUUAAAAUUUUAGUGAUGUUUUAUCUUCCUUUCUCUGGCUUCAAUUCAUAACUUGCCCUGCCUCCGAAUAAAUGACCCCAGGAAAGGAGUGCCUUGUAGGUUGAUUUUAAAGUACAGGAAUUUGUAAUCACGUGUUCUCCAGUAUAUCUCGGGCGAAGUUAUCUCAAUGAUAAAUGAUCUUUGGAGACUUUUCCUUCUCUUGGUGAGUCUAAAUAGGUAGGGAUUUUAAGGUGUUCCUUAACAUUUCUGAAUUGGGGCUUGGGAAACUUGCUGAGUUUUCUGAAUCUGCCUGUUUUAAAACCAAAAAAAACCUAUGAAGAGCUCUGACUCCUCAAGUUCUGUGGACAAGCUGCAAGCAGACUUCAAAACACAUGUGAUAUUUUAAGAUUUCAGCUUUGAUAGCUAGAUCAUUUCCACUGCUGAGGUCACUUUCCAUUAAAAAUUACUCUUUGCUCUUAGGUUUAGACAUUGCUUUGCUUUAAGUGUGACCAACUCUGGAUAACAGUGCUCUUUGCUGAGGAUUAGAUCAAUAAUAAUACACCAAUAACUGUGUCGAGUGGUGAUACCUAUAGCACUGUAAGCCAUUUCUUCAUCCAGUUAAAGGUUCCUCUCAAUGAACACUCCCAUCAUUUGUCCCAGAUUGUGCUCAGCUUUUAUUCUAGUCUUGUCUGAGUAUAUCUCCCUGCGGAUCACCCGCAAGGUCUAGUAUCCUGCUCACUGGCUUACUCCGUUAGAAGCAGAAUGACCGUGCAACAGUAUUUCAAGCUAAAACCUGCCUCUGUUGGUCUGAUUUCAUUACACCGAUGCCUUUUUCAUUGUCUUGGCCUUUUCCGGACUUGAAGUUUUGAUUCACUUUCCCUGAAUACAAAUACGUUUUUAUAUAGCAAUAUACUUUCUCCAUUUCUUUCAAUUUAAUUUCAGCUCAAUCCACAAAUCACAAAAAUCUCUGGAAUCUUGCCCUGCUUCUUUCUGUAUAACCAUCAUUUCCCCCCAUUAUAUACUUGAUUUUGGCUGCUUGGAUUUCAUGUCUGGACCAAGUUUUGGUUUGGUUUGAGCUUUUUUUUUUAACACGUUUAAAUGACUGUUUACUCCGUGUGUCUGUGUGAACAUGUAUGGUGUUGUUAAUACGCUAACCAAAGCCUCAACGCUCCCAGAUGACACGUUAAUAAAUCUUGCUGUGACGGUAUUGAGAGCGGAGCCUGCUGUGCUGUCUCUUUGCUCUUUUUCCCGGAAUUCAUAGGGUACUCGUAUACACUUGGUUUGCAAUUAUAAACCGCAAUAUUUCCACUGCCUUGUCAGGGUCUUGGGUAUCUCCAGCCUCUCAAAGCACUCUUUAUUGAUAAGCAUCAUUCUGUGCUGCAUUAGAGCAAUAGCAAGUAAGGAAUAGACUUGGCAGGAUCUGGUACUUCAGCUGGCUGGUUUUCUCCCUGAUGGGCUGAUCUCCUAAAAAAUUGCUGAGCAACAAGGUCCGAUUGGCAGUACAGUAUAUGAUAAAAUGGAUGGGAAUAGUGAAAAAUUGAUUCAGCAUCCUGAGUCUGUGGUAAUUGCAAAGACAAGCCUCCAGCUUAUCUCCUGAGAAGAGUACUUAACCUUGGUGAGAUGGAAGUCUCUGUGUAAAUUAACUUGUGAGCCCAGAGUUGCAUGAGGACAUGGUCUGACCUGGCUGUUCCUUGGGUGGCGGGUCCUAUUCCCUUCUCCUUGCAGUGAAACAGCUUCUUCUGUGAGCGUGCUUCUGAGGCAUCCAUGAAGGGCUCUGCGUUUAAAAAUCCUAAGGGGAAAACCAGCCAGCGCUCUUAGGAGAGAGGGCUGGGUAACCUGGCUCAUCCCACGCAGGUUGGGAUGGGACCCUCUGCUGUAUUAGCUGCUGACUCCCUCCCUUUCCAGCCGGUGGCUCCAGCACUGAAUUGCAGUUAUCCUUUCUUACGCAUAAAAAGAGGAGUGAAAAACCUUGCUAUGUCACAGCUUUUGUAGCUAUCAGGGCAAUUUAAAAAAUGUUGGUUUUUUGGAAGCCAAAGCCACACAGUGUUACCAGGAAAGCAUCACAGUGAAGCCCCAUAUCCCCUGCUCCUGGUCAGUCCUGCAAUUUCCCUCGGUGUGCCAGGUGCCCCAUCAUCCCAGUUCCACCUUCUGUCAAAUUUAUAUGGUGCACCUUAGCAAAAAGUUUGGGCAAAAAGACUUUUUCUAUAAAAUUUUGAUAAUAAUCCAGGUAGAUACACCAAGACUUAUUCCUUGCUCUGCUAAGAAUUACUUAAAUACCUUCUGAAAUAAGCUUGCAAAAUAUGUCGGGGAGGAAUGAGAUGUUGGAAAAGCUGUGUGUGAAGAGCGAAAGUGCGUUCGUUCCCCAGUGCAGGAUCAGACCCGUGGUACCCGAGCGAAGCAUUCAGCAAGCCAAGAAGUUGGCCUGAGUCAGACAGGCAGGAGGUAGAAGGUGCGUGCGUGUGGUGUGCGUUUGGUGAAUCAGCCAUGCAUAUAUCCAUCCAAAUACGCUGCUUUCCUGUUUCAUUUUCCCUGUUUCCUUCUGUUGGCUUGGAUGUGUCUUGGGCUCCUCGUCCAUUUUGGGAUGAUGGCAUCAAAGCUGGUUCCAGCCUUCACAGCUCCUCUCUGCUUCUGCAUCCAGCUGUCGCAUUCCUGCCCCGUGCCUCAUUUCAGUGUUAUUUUUCCCUUUGUCUCUUACUGUUGCAAACGAAGAGAAAUGGAUGAUAUUUAUUGUAAAUAUUAGACUUUAGCAUUGUAACGGCCACUCCUGGGUCCGAAUGUCAGAGGCCUUUGGCUGCUAAUAUACUAAAGAGCGCUUGCCGGGGAAGGGGUAGGAGUGACCAGUGGUUUUGGUUGCCACACUUGCAUUGAGGUGUGAUUUGGAGUAUUUUAAUUUUCUUUUUUCUUCUGAAGGGGGGAGGAUAAAGUCUUUCUCUGGUUUUCUCUUACUGGAUGUGAAGGAUAAUCUGUACUUCUAGUAGAAGAUUUGACAGAAGUGUGUGUUUACGUUGUGUUCAAUUACCAUAUCCGGGUGGCUGUGAGAGCACCUCCUGAGCUGGGCUCUGCCAAGCUGUGUCACUCAGCACUUAGCUAGAUAAGAGAAAGUGUGGAAUUUCUGUGUUUUUAGAAACUUGAACAAUUGCCACAUAAUAGCGGUGCAAUAAUUUUUAUUCAUGUUGUACCUGCAUGUUGAUGUUC